AAUCAAUAUCCAGCCAGGAUGGUGUGAUAAGACUCCCAGCCUCUGCUCGUAUGUGAUUGUGAUCCGAUCCAUGGGGGCUUUCUAGUAAUCACUAGAGCGAUAAGAUUUGGCGGGGUCAAAGAGACGGUUGAACUGUCAUGUCAAAAGCUCCGACAUUCAAAAGCAAGCAUGGUCUAGCCACAACUGCUGCUCUAUACAUAGAAUUGUAGACAGACUCUGACAGAAGGGGAGAAUAAUACAAUAAAAUUGAAUAACCUCAUACCGCGGAACCACGAUCGGAGACUCAAACGUCACUUUCUGAUAACGGCAAUUGUUCGGGACCCCAACAUGUGGGGAUCCGCUUAUCUAUCUCCGUCUCACAAUGCAAGAUCACAGUCCAGAGGUCUCAUGAAGACCAAGGAACGACCUUUGCGUUGGAUCGAGUACACCUGUAUCUCGCAAAAUGAGCAAGGAAACCAUAGUAGUCAUUGGCGCGGGCGUAAUCGGCCUCACCACAGCCCUUCACAUCCAACAACACCUGCACCCUUCUCAAAACAUCCUCAUCGUCGCCAGAGACUUCCCCAACACCACCUCACUCAAUUACGCCUCCCCCUGGGCCGGCGCGCACUACCGCCCCGUCCCAGGAUCCUCGCCGCAAGCCUCACACGAAAACAGCCAAGCACGGCGCACAUAUGAGUACUUCAAACAACUCGCAACGGAGGACCCGUCAUCAGGCGUCCAACUGCUCGACGGCGAGGAACACCUCGAGUCCCCGCCGCCGGAGUACCUACACGAAGCCAACGUCCAGAGCGCGUACGCGCAUCUGGACGGCUUCCGCCGCCUGACGGCCGAUGAGACUCCCUCCGAGGUGAAAUGGGGCGUGCGCUAUCGCACCUACGUGGUCAACUCGCCAGUGUACUGCGCGUAUCUACUUCGGAAGUUCAUCCUCAACGGUGGACAGACGAGAGAGUAUACGCUCGUCGAUCCGAUGGAGGCAUUUGAGCUGCCGGGGACGGAAAACGGGACCGUCAGGACGGUCGUCAACUGCUCCGGGCUGGGAUUCGGGGAUCCUAAAUCAUUUAUUAUUCGAGGGCAAACGUGUCUCGUCCGCAACCCCUGCUCUGUAACCAUCACCCGCCAAAACUCAGACGGCACUUGGUCGUUCUGCAUUCCCCGGCCUUUGAGCGGUGGGACGAUCAUCGGUGGUACCAAGCAACCGCACGACUGGAAUCCGACGCCCUCGCUUGAGACGAGGAAGCAGCUUCUCUCCAAUGCGGCGAAAUGGUUCCCAUUUACUACGGAGAGUGGGGGUCAGUUCGAUGUCAUCCGUGACAUUGUCGGUCGGAGGCCGGCGAGGGAAGGUGGAAUGAGGAUUGAGGCGGAGAGAGUGGGUGGUGAUCGCUCCAUUAUAUCUUGGGGAGUUGCGCAGGAUGUUGUGCAGUUGAUGUUUGAGAAUGGGUUGGCGCGGCAGAAGGCGUCGUUGUAGAUGUUUGGAAUCAAUACAGAAGAAUCGUUCUACAAUCGUAGCAAGUCGCUGGGACUCCAUUACCUUGACUGAUGGAACCCC